AUGUCCGCCCCUCAACCCCAGCGCAGCGGCGAUGCGGCGCUGAACUCCCAUCCAUCUACCCCUUCGAACCAGCCGAAAGGCAUCAUAUACUCGAACGAUAGCGCCGCGAGCAAUCCGAACCCGACCCAUGCCUCCUUUUCGCCCGCCACCCUAAGCUCGACCGCGCCCAGCGCAACCUCGGCCGCGAAGAGGAGGAGCACCAUCCUCGUACACCAAAAGUCGCCGCUCCUCCUCGCGACACCACCCCAGAUCACACGCGCCUUGGCUUACAGCCAUCCUUUUCUACUGCCCUUGAACAAGCUUGCCGGUCUGAUAACAUGGACGACGCGCGAUCCGUGGGAGAGCUUCCUGAUGGUCGCUGUGUUUUGGGCUGCGGUUCUGUAUGGUGACAUCAUUGUGCGUGUCGCCGGGCCUGUCGUGCUUGUACUGCUCCUUAUCGGAGGCAUGUACGGCCGGCGCUAUAGCCCGCUGAGCAGCAGUGGUUGGACCGAGCCGGGCGUGGCGGCUGGAGACGUGGCUGGGUUAGCUGGGACAGAUGGAAAGGGGAGUGUUAGGGGCAAGAAGGCUCCCAAGACUAAGAACCUUUCGGUCGACGGGCUUCCGGACAACAAGAAUGGCAAGGCCAAUGGCGGGCUCAGUGGCGGCGUGGGAGUGGGCGUUGGAGGAAACGGGCACUCGAGGAACCAAGGGUCGGUAUCCGAAGUCACAAACACGCGACACCAGAAGACGUUGGACGAAAUUGUCGAGACACUUAAGGAGUUCACGGCGCGCUGCAACAUUCUCCUGGAACCCAUGCUGGAACUUACGGAUUUCCUCAGCACUCAGCGAACGCCUACUUCGGCCACUACAAAGCCGGCACUUACAACACUUUUCAUCCGGAUCCUUCUCUGCACCCCGUUUUGGUUUGCUCUGACCCUGCCACCCUUCCGUCUGAUCACUACUCGCCGGGUUAUCAUGAUCUUUGGGACUCUCAUCCUAACUUGGCAUUCCCGUGUAAUGCGGGUAUCUCGCGCGAUCCUGUGGCGUAGCGCCUCUAUUCGCAGGUUUUUGGAGCUGGUUACUGGCCUGCAGUUCGAAAAGCCCGUCAAGGUUACGGUUGCUGAAAAGAAUGGGGUUGCGUCCUCCGCUGCAUCCACUGCUAGCGGUAACUCAGCCAAGGGGAAGGCAUUUGCCAACAUCAAGGGUUCCAAGGCGUACAAUUCGCAGGAGUCGGAGCUUACCAAGGCCCUUAGGCGUGCCCGCGGCGGACACGAUACAGGCGUCCGCUUUACAUUCAUCAUCUAUGAAAACCAGCGUCGGUGGGUCGGUUUGGGAUGGACUACUAGUCUGUUUGCAUACGAGAGGCCGGCGUGGACUGACGAACACAACAAUGCGGUCCCGCCGCGAGACCAGUUUGAGCUUCCUGAGGUCGAGGACGGUAGCAACAUGCGCUGGCGCUGGGUUGAGGGAUCGAGGUGGCGGGUCGAUGGGGUACCCGACGAGGCGGUGAUGCCAGGAGAAGAUGCGGAUGGAAAGGAGUGGGAUUAUGACAGCCCUGGUGGACGUAUGGGUUGGGUUUAUUAUGACAACAAGUGGCAAAAUGGCCGCCGAGGACAAGACGGUUGGGGCCGUUGGACAAGAAGGAGAAAGUGGUACCGCGAUGCCGAGCUCGUUGAAGCAGACGACGCCCUGGUUGAGGAGCUGUCAGAGGAUGCGAUGGUCGACCAGCAAGGGAAUCACCUUACUGUGAACGGAUCCGCCAACGGCAACUCCAGCACCGAUUCGGUUACACCAACCGCGACACCGGCACCCGGACCAGGGAUAGGUGCCCGGGCACAACCCCGGUCAUUGCUCUCGGAUCAAUUAGCGGCUUCGGGCGAGAUCGCUUCACCUUCUACCACCGUCCCUAGAAAGGCGUCGAUAAAGCUGAAGAAGACACCCGAAAGCGCGGCCGACAGCCUGGCAAGGAUACAAGCGCAAGACAUGACGAAAAGCAGAAUGGACAUGAAGGAUAAACUUCGAAAAGACAAAGACGCAGAAACAGAUGGGGGAGACGAUGCCGCUUCGGUGGUUUCCACGUCAAGUACUAGUAGGUCCCACAGAUUCUCUAGUGCUUUAUUCGGUAAGUCGCCGACCAGCAGCGGUGCUUCCAGCGCUGUCACCAUCCGGGGUAGUAGUGGUGGUCGUGGUUCUUCCAUCGGAGCACAGCAGAGACGAAAUUUCACCGACGCUGCCACCACCGGCAGCCCAUCAGCAAGUUCCUCCGGUGGCGGUGGCGGUGGUGGCGGCGGCGGCGGCGGCGGCAGCAGCAGUUACGCAGGUCGUGACCAAAUCCCCUCCCUCCUCCUCCUCCUCCUCCUCCUCCUCCCACUCUUUAUCCGUUCCAUCCUCAAGAGUAGGAGGUCGAGUCACAGCAACGCCUUGAGCGAUACGACAACAAUAUCAAAGGGAUCAGGAUCAUCACCAACACCGCAAUCCAUCCUGAUGACGGCAAAAGCCAACGAGGAGGAUGAGGUGGCGUCGUCGUUUGGCACGCAAACUAGGUUGGCGUUGCAGGAUGCGGGGAAGAAUGAAAGUAACUGGGGGUUUGGGGAUGAGGUUAGGAUGGGGUUGGAGUGA